UGUGAAGCCAGGGAAGGAAAAACAAGAGGAUCCUUUCGGUUACAUUCAGAUUGCUCCCCAUUGUUUUUGCCGUUUCUGUGCCCGAUAUCCGUCGGAUGUCCGACCGCAUGACAUUUUUGCCGCAUAAAAGCAACCCACCGUUCUCAAUCCUCGCAGAAUACAAAAACAUACGGGCUUUCAUUACGCACAGCGGACUCAUGGGAACGCAGGAGGCAAUCUCUUACGGAGUCCCCAUGGUCGGCAUCCCUCUAUUUGGCGACCAACGUAUCAAUAUCUUACGUGAGGAAGAAGGUAGCUAUCUCGCUGGACUCUAUACACGAUGUCACCGAGGAGAAAUGAACAUCGGCACUGAAUACUAUAUUAAAGGAUCCCACUUAUCGGUGAGUACCCGAAGUAACGGCUGCCAGAAAAAGGGUUGCAUUCGUUACCGUUGGCCGAAAAAUGUAAUGUCGUUGUUGUCGUUGUUGUUGUUUUUAACGAGAAAAGGGGAGGAGAACUUGUCUUCGGCAAAUGGCUGUCGAUUACCGGGAAAAAAUAACAUGCAACGUUACUCCUCAAUUCCGUGUUCCCAAAUCGAUUUCUGGCGAAUUCAUCUCUUCCUCUUCCUUGUUUGUUUUAACAAGAACGUGCAGAAACUCUCGAGAUUGUUUCUCGAUCGUCUCAUGAGUGCUCUGGAUACGACUAUAUAUUGGGUGGAAUAUGCUGCAAAACACGGUAAUUUCCUUUAAUCACCGGCCAUGCGUCUCUUUUGGUGGCAACGUCACUUACUAGAUGUUUACGCAUUCUUACUAUUCGUGAUUAGCGCGGUGCUUUUGGCCGCGCUGUUUAAUUUGCGGAAGACCAAGAGACUCUUGUUCAGACCGCGUGUGUGCACGAAGGACAGCGCAGCGGUCAAGUCGAAGAAGGACAAGUAGUAAGCAGAACAGGGGCAGAAUUCUUUAAGGAAUUUUAUGCAAUGGCUUGCCGUUUGUGCGCUUCACGCGAGAGAGGAACAAUAGCCGGCAACGAAUUGUUAAGAAGGAGAAAAACAUUUUUCA